GACUAAAGCUUGGACUCCUGCCAUCACAUCCAGAGGAGGCGGGUUUGCAGCUACUGGCGAGUAGAAAGAAGGUUUUUUUAUCAGUCAGCAUGUGAACAUAUUACUGCAGCAGCAUGCGUUUCCUUGAAAGUUCUACCUGCAGGACACUAAAAGCAGCAACGGGACGUUCAUCAACAGCCAGAGGUUGAGUCGUGGCUCAGAAGAGAGUCCGCCCUGCGAAGUCCUCUCCGGAGACAUCAUCCAGUUCGGCGUCGACGUCACUGAGAACACACGUAAAGUCACUCAUGGCUGCAUCGUGUCAACUAUCAAACUCUUCCUACCUGAUGGGAUGGAGGCACGCCGACGAAGCGAUGUCAUCCAGGCUCCGUUACCACUACCUGUAGACAAGGUUGCAGCCAACACUCCCAGUAUGUAUUCUCAGGAACUGUUCCAGCUCUCCCAGUAUCUACAGGAGGCCUUACACCGAGAACAGAUGUUGGAGCAGAAGUUAGCCACUCUGCAGCGUCUGUUAACCAGCACUCAGGAGGCCUCGGAGAGCAGCUGGCAGGCUUUGAUUGAUGAAGACCGUUUGCUCUCCAGACUGGAGGUGAUGGGGAGUCAGCUACAGGCUUACUCCAAGUCUCAGACGGAGGAAGGGAUCCGUAAGGAGCUCUUGGCUCUGCAGGAGGACAAACACAACUACGAGACGACGGCGAAGGAGUCCCUGAGGAGAGUCCUGCAGGAGAAGAUCGAGGUGGUCAGGAAGCUGUCGGAGGUGGAGCGCUCGCUCAGUAACACAGAGGACGAGUGCACCCAUCUGAAGGAGAUGUCUGAGAGGGGCCAGGACGAGCUGAGGGAGCUCGCCAACAAGUACAACGCUGCCGUCAACGAGAUCAAAGAGCUCACUGACAAAAUUAAGGCAGCGGAGGGCCGGCAGGAGGAGCUGACUCAGCGGGGAGCGACGGAGAAGAGGGAGAUGGAGCUGCGGAUCGAGGAGAUGGAGGAGAAGGAGCAGGUUCUCCAGGCUCGCAUCGAGGCUCUGCAGGCAGACAACGACUUCACCAAUGAGAGACUUGCCGCCCUGCAGGUGCGGUUAGAGCAGCUACAAGAGAAAAGCAUUAAAGAAAACAACAGUCUGGAUAUCGACAAUGUCUCCCACGGACCGGUAGAGGAGCCUGUCGAGGACAAACAGAGCCUGCAGAAACCUGAGAGCCAGGAGGAUGACGAGGAUGAGGAGGAUACAGACACUGAUGAUGGUGCAGUUGGGGAAGAUGAAGCUACUGAUGACAACUGUCAUGUUAACAGCGGAGGAGACUCGACUAGAAUCCAACAGUUGAUUGAGUGUCCGCCUGUCAAACAGCUGAAGGAAACUGUAAGUUCUUCAAUCCACAAACUGGCCAACUUUGAUGAAGUGAUGGAUGCUCAUCUACAGAACAACCAGACAGCAGAAGACGACAUCCUGGCCAGCCCCGAUCGACUCAAAGGGAAUCAGAUGGAUGCCAAAGAGUCAGACAUGUCAGACACGCUGAGUCCCAGCAAAGACCGCAGCAGUGACGACACGUCAGACGGCAACAUGGACGACCAGGAGCUGAAUGAACCACAGAACAGAGUAGCUCUGCUUAAAGCUGAGUUACAUCGGGCGGGUCUAGAGCCUGGAGACACGGAGCAGGUCAUCCACCAUCUCCACAGAGAGCUUCUGGAGGCCCAGGAAUUAGCCAACACCGGCAAGCAGAAAUGUCUGGAGCUACAAGCUCUGCUGGAGGAUGAGAGGAGGAGUAACUCUCAGCAGACCGAAGAGUCGACCAAACAGAUCCAGUACCUGCAGACUCAGCUCGGGAAGCUGCAGGCUGACAUGGAGGCACUGAGGGAGCAGAGGGAGAGCACCAUCUGCAGCACCAGAGAUGAGCUGUACUCUGCACAGGAGGAGAUUCUCGUUCUGAGGCACGCCAUGGAGGCAGCCACGGCGGAGCGGGAGCGUGAGAUCGCCGCCCUGCAGGCCGAUCUGGGCAGCGUGCGAACCGAGCUGGAGCACUGGAGGAGCACGGCCGCCAAGUACGAGGAGGAGAUCAGCCGGCUGCAGGAGGCCUUCACACAGCAGCAGCAGCAGGAACACACCGCCAACCAGCUGCAGACGGAGUGCAGUGCGCUGCAGCAGCGAUGUUUGUGUUUGCAGCAGGACUGUGACGGCCUGAGAGCUGAAAGGAAAGCUCUUAUGGAAAAACUGCACCGCCUGGAGUCUGAGCUGAGCAGCACCAGGGAGCAGAGUGAGGUCCUCAGCAACAGUCUGGAGUCUCUGGAGAAGAGGAAGGACGUUCUGCAGGACCAAUUGGGUUCGCUGGAGAACCAACACCUACAGGACGAAAGCAGGCUGAUGAGCCAGCUGGACCAGGCCCAGGCCCGCACACACACACUGCAGAAAGAGUAUGAAGACACACAGUCUCAGCUGUUGGACCUUCGUCAGCGCUAUGAGAAAACAGAGCAGGAGAAGCUGAACAUCCACCAGGAGCUGGAGCAGUGCAGGAGCAGCCUGAAGUUGCUGCAGGACAAGACCAGCUCCCCAUCCAUAUUGCAGCCUGUCCAAGCCAUAUUCAUGGGCCUUGUCCUGGCUCUGCUCUACUGGUGUUUCGGCCAGUUGUGGUAGAAAGAGCGGCUGGAGCCCCUGGAUGCCGGUCAUCGCAGUGAUGGUCGCCGUGACGGCAGCCGUCCUCUACCCCAACCUCUCCAAGAGCAGCUCCACUUAGGACGGACACACACACACACACACACACACACAUAUAUAUACGCACACACAAACACACACACAGAGAGAGCGCUGUGAGGAGAGCAUCACUGCUUACUUACUUGUAUAAAGUUUAAUUGUACAUAAUUGUAGAGGGAAUAUAAAGGUUGUGGUUUCUACAGA